UAAGCGUCUCAGAAGUUGAUAGCAACCACUACAGAACGCAACAGGCGUCAAGUUUUUAGAGCCGCGUAGAAUAAUUAGUAAUUGAAGCAACAUUACCCUUCGUUAAUUUGGACUUCCGCCAAUAAAAGCUGUGGGAAUGUCGAUGAGGAGGAAGACGGAGCUAAACGCAGAGGGCUUCACCGUAAAGGCCACUUUGAAGAACGCAGUGGUGGUGGGUCCCAGAGCUUCCAGGGUUUUUCAUGAGUGCCCUGCCAAACCAAGCACAUUCCGCAAAUACUACGAGCGUGGAGAGCUUCCGAUUGCAGUGAAACAUGAAAACCGAGGGAACAGUAUUGCAUGGAAGGUGGACGUCGAGACACUGGACUACCACCACUACCUGCCACUGUUCUUUGAUGGUUUAACUGAGACUGCUUUUCCGUAUGAGCUCUUCGCCCGCCAGGGAAUCCAUGACAUGCUGGACCGCGGAGGCCCCAAGAUCCUGCCUGUCAUCCCCCAGCUCAUCAUGCCCAUCAGGAAUGCCCUGAACACAAGGAACCAUCAGGUGAUGUGCACCACCAUGAAAGUCCUGCAGCACCUGGUGAUGUCUGCAGACAAGGUGGGAGAAGCUCUGGUGCCCUACUUCAGGCAGAUCCUCACCGUUUUUAACCUCUUCAAGAACAAGAGAAAAAAUCUCGGAGAUGGCAUCGACUACGACCAGCUGAAGAAAGAGGACAUUGGCAAACUGAUCAACGAAACUCUCCAGAUCUUUGAGCGCUACGGAGGACCGGACGCCUAUAUAAACAUCAAAUACAUGAUCCCCACCUAUCAGUCCUGCCUGACGAACUAAGGAGAGAGAAGGGGGCUGUCAGCCAUGUCCACGUCUUUAAGAUUUAAUUUACAGCGGCAUGUUUAAAGUGCUAUCAGUUUGUUGUUCUGUUCCCGUUUCUUUAGUGAUUUAUUUAGACAGCUGAUGGAAAGUCCUCGGUGCAUACUGACGUUUGUUUCAAAGCCUCUUUUAAAAUGUAUGAAAACAUUAAAAAUUCUGUUGCAUCUAAGUAAA